CCGAACACGACCCACAGACAGGCCAUGGGCUAAGCGCGCGCAAUGGCAGCCACAAUCAAAGCCAUCGAAGGGCGCUCCGUUCACCAAAUCCAAGCCGGCCAAGUCAUCGUCGACCUAAACUCAGUAGUCAAAGAGCUCGUAGAGAACAGUCUGGACGCCGGGGCCAGCAGCAUCGAGAUACGGUUCAAGAACAACGGGCUGGACGGGCUCGAAGUGCAGGACAACGGGACGGGCAUCUCGCCCGCGGACUACGGGUCGGUGGCGCUGAAGCACCAGACGUCGAAGCUGGCGAGCUAUGGCGACUUGGACACGCUGCAGACGUUUGGGUUCCGCGGCGAGGCGCUGUCGAGCCUGUGCGCGGUUGCGCGGGUGAGCGUCGUCACGGCGAGGAAAGAGGAUGGGGCCCGCGGUGCGAGGCUGGAGUUUGAGGCUUCGGGACAGUUGAAGAGCACGGCUGUUGCGGCGGCGCAGAAGGGCACGCUGGUUGGCGUCGAGGGCUUGUUUGAAAAAUUGCCGGUUAGGAGGAGGGAGCUGGAAAAGAAUAUUAAGAGGGAGUAUGGCAAGGUACUAGGGCUGCUGCAUGCGUACGCGUGCGUGAGCACGGGAGUCCGCUUCGCGGUUAGCAAUCAUGCCGCGAAGGGGAAGAAGGCCGUCGUUUUCUCGACGAAGGCGAACCCGACCACACGAGAGAACAUCGCGAACGUGUACGGUGCGAAGACGCUGGCGGCGCUCAUCCCGCUAGAUUUAGACCUCGAGAUGACGCCCACGUCCACUACCACCACCACCUCCUCUGCAUCCCACACCGCCGUCCACAUCGUCGGCCACAUAUCGCGCCCCGUCGUCGGCGAAGGCCGGCAGACGCCCGACCGGCAGCUCUUCUUCGUGAACUCGCGCCCGUGCGCCCUCCCCCAGGUCUCGAAAGCUGUCAACGAGGUCUACAAGUCCUUCAAUGUCACGCAGUCGCCGUUCGUGUUCGCGGACCUGCGCCUCGAUACCGCCGCUUACGACGUCAAUGUCUCGCCUGACAAGCGCACCAUCCUGCUGCAUGACCAAACGGCGCUGCUGGAUGCACUGAAGGAUGCGUUGGCGAAGCUGUUCGAGGCUCAUGACCAGAGUGUGCCGCAGGCACAGUCGCAGCUGGGAGGUGCGAGGAAGGGCGCGUUGUCGCAGUUUAAGCCGCUGAGUUUUCGGACCACGCCUGCUGUUGAUGAUGAUAGGGGAGAGGACAACGAGGAGCUGCCUGCAUCUAGUGCGCCAGUGGAGCGAAAUGGCUCGUCUAUCAGCCUGAUCCAGCAGUUUGCGGGAAGGAAUGCCACGGAUAGGAGUCAGUUGCCUGCGCGCAAAUCCUCGGCUUCAAAGAGCAGGACAGAGUCGCCAGACACGCAAAGCGGCGCGGAGACCGCUCAAAAGGACGGGGAACAGGUCCGGCCAGAACAGCAAAAUGACCAGUCUGCAAUGGACAUUGACGACGCCGCCGACACCGCCGACAACACCACUCCCUCCGCACCCACCACGCCCGCCGCCGUCUCCCUCCACGUCCAAGACUUCAACGCCCGCCUCGCAAGCCAACAACAACACCACCGCACACCUUCCCCACAUCCAUUCCGCACCCCCUCCCAAGGCCCCACAACAACCUCCACCGCCGAAUCACCAAUCACAGUGCUCGCCCCUCCCUCCUCCCAGCGCCAAACCUCACCCAAACCCCUCAUCAAUGCCUUCGACCGCAUGCGGCCCAAGCGCGCGCCUCCAGGCUCCGAAACAGCGACUAUUACGAUUGGCGACAACACUACGACGAUGACGAUCGGUACUCCGCCGAGCUUUAAGCGCCGCAGAGGGGAGGGAGAGGAGGAGGGGAGUCAAGACGAGGAUGCCACCAAAAAAGCGCGCGAAGACGCCCGCGUCGCAGCCAUGAUCGCCAAAGCCGAAGAAGCAGCCACCCGCCCCACUCACGACACGCUGCGCCGCGCAACCAACGCGCUCAAGAGCAGCGCACGGAAAAACGCGCCGUUGCGGCUUGCUCAGCGCUUGAAUGCAUCCACGGCGCAGAUCGAGCAAGCGUUGGCGCGGCUGGGUGAGCUGGUGGGAGGGGAUGGGGAUGCGGAUGUGGAUGCGGAGGGUGAGUGUGAAGGUGAUGCGAGCCUGCCGGAGAGCGCAGAGGAGAAGCUCGCCCUCACGGUGUCGAAGCGCGAUUUUGCACGCAUGCGCGUCGUCGGGCAGUUUAAUCUCGGCUUCAUCCUCGCUGUGCGGCCUGCUUCGCACGCCCAAACGCAAACCCAAGGCGCCAGCAGCAGCAGCAGCAGCGCAGCAGCCGACGAGCUCUUCAUCAUCGACCAGCACGCCUCAGACGAAAAAGUAAACUUUGAGCGGCUCGCGUCAACCACGGUGCUAGAGCCUCAGCGACUGGUCCGCCCCCUACGUCUGGAUUUCACGGCUUUAGAGGAGGAGAUUAUCCAGGAUAACGCGGCCGCGUUCGCCGCCAAUGGCUUCUUGCUCGACGUCGAUACCACUGGCGAUGAGCCGGUCGGCCAGCGCUGCCGCUUGCUGGGCUUGCCGCUGAGCCGGGAGACGGUGUUUGGGGUGCCGGACUUGGAGGAGCUGGUUGCGCUGCUGGGGGAGGGGGAGGAGGGCGAGGCUGCUGAGGCCGGCGGCGCCGUUCCUUUGGUGUCUGGUGCUGGUGGUAACGGUGGGGCUGGGGUUGGGGCUGCUGGUGCAGCACCAAAGCACAUUCCUCGCCCGGCGAAGGUUCGCCGCAUGCUUGCGAGCCGCGCAUGCGUGGCGUGCUGGAUCGCAUGGGCGGGAUUGAUAAACCCUGGAAUUGUCCGCAUGGGCGGCCGACGAUGAGGCAUUUGGCUAGGCUGGGCGAGUGGAGGGCUGCUUGGGGUGAGGG